GCCAGCCUGCACCCAGGCUCCAGCAGGAAUCGAGGCGAGGACACCGGUGCAGGGGAGGACUCUUUCCAGCCCCCAGCGCUCCCGAGCCGAGCUGGAGAAGUGGCCGCUGUGAGUUGCACGGGGCGUUGGGACAUUUGUUUUCCGUACGUUCAUCGCGCAGACGACGAGGCGAUUUAUGCAACAGUAUCCUGUUUCAGCACUGCCAAGGCUAUGCGAGAACGCAGUCAGGACAGCUUGGCAGGGCUCGUGCUGUAUGUAGGACUCUUCGGGCACCCCGGGAUGCUGCACAGGGCCAAGUACAGCCGCUUUCGGAACGAGUCCAUCACGUCCUUGGACGAAGCCAGUCCCGGAGGCUCCGUGGGGAACAAGGGCUCGCCGCAGCCUCCCUAUCCCGCCCUGGCACCUCACUUGCCAGCUGAAGAUGCCACCUUGGCGCCCCAGGAGAGCCCCACCCCACUGUGCACCUUGAUCCCGCGGAUGGCCAGCGUGAAGUUAGCCAACCCAGCCAGCUUGCUGAGCCUGAAAAACUUUUGCUUGGGUACCAAAGAGGUACCCCGGCUGAAGCUCCAGGAAAGCCAGGAUCCGGCUCCCAGCAGCCCGGCUUCCCCUGAAAACAGUCUAAAUAGGUCCGGGUCUGCACCUCUGCCGCAGCAGGACGUGGUGGGGCACAGGGCAACCUCCGUAAGUCCCCAUGCCUGCCCGCUUCCGGGCCCUGGGGAGCCGAGUCCCGGGAGCAGGCAGGACCGGCCCUUUCUGCAGCGCCUCUUGGGGUUGGGCAUGAACUACUAUGUGAAGUACAUGGGCUGCAUUGAGGUGCUGCAAUCAAUGAGGUCACUGGAUUUUGGAAUGAGAACUCAAGUCACAAGGGAAGCAAUAAGCCGUCUGUGUGAAGCUGUCCCUGGGGUAAAUGGAGCCAUUAAAAAGCGAAAGCCUCCAGUUAAGUUCCUAUCAACAGUUCUUGGCAAAAGUAAUCUUCAGUUUUCCGGAAUGAAUAUUAAACUGACCAUCUCAACAUGCAGCCUCACACUGAUGAAUCUUGACAACCAACAGAUUAUUGCAAAUCACCACAUGCAGUCUAUUUCAUUUGCCUCUGGAGGGGAUCCCGAUACCACAGACUAUGUUGCCUACGUAGCUAAAGAUCCAGUUAAUCAACGAGCCUGUCACAUACUGGAAUGCCGCAACGGAAUGGCCCAAGAUGUCAUAAACACCAUAGGGCAGGCUUUUGAGCUCCGGUUUAAACAAUAUUUGCAAAAUCCUUCCUUGGGUGCUGCCUGUGAAAGUGAGGAGGUGCAUAUUGAUGGCCAUGCUGAAGAGAAUGAAGAUCAUGAGUAUUACAAUGAAAUACCAGGAAAGCAGCCACCUGUGGGUGGUGUUUCAGAUGUGCGGGUCAAAGUUCAAGCCGCAGAACAAAUGGCUUACUGCCCCAUACGGUGUGAAAAGUUGUGCUAUUUGCCCGGAAGCUCCGCGUGCAGCAGUGUGUACGAGAACUGUCUGGAGCAGAGCAGGGCAGUAGGUAAUGCCCAUGAGAGAGCGACACAGGCCCAGAGAGACGCCUCGUUAAUGCAGCACACCGGUCGAGGGGAUCUCUUUGACGACCCCUGCUACAUCAACACGCAGGCCCUUCACUGUGCUCUCGGCUCUGCCCGAAAUCAGAGCCCAGCCCAGCUGCCGGGGAGCCCAUGGCACCAUGAGAAAGCACCAGAAACGGUGCAGCCAGGUGCCACGGCUCACAAAGAAUGUGCCAGCUCACAUUCUUUGCCACACAUUAAGCAGCAGCUGCGGAAUGAAGAUUGCUACCAUGGCAAGCUGAGCAGGAAGGCAGCCGAGAGCCUCUUGGUGAAGGAUGGGGACUUUUUGGUCCGAGAGAGUGCAACAUCUCCCGGCCAGUACGUGCUGAGUGGACUGCAGGGAGGCCAGGCAAAACAUCUUCUGCUGGUGGAUCCUGAAGGCAAGGUGAGGACCAAGGAUCAUGUAUUUGAUAAUGUUGGCCACCUCAUCAGAUACCACAUGGAUAAUAGUUUGCCAAUCAUCUCUUCUGGAAGCGAAGUAAGCCUUAAACAACCAGUGAGAAAAGAUGCUAUUCCAGGACUUUUGCAUUUAAACAAAUGACAAUAUGGAACACCAUCACACUGAUAAUUCACCAAACUCCAUUUUGUGCUAGGACACAAGGAUGAUUCAAACUUGGUUUCAAGAUAAAGUAGAACACGAAGUAUGAAGUGCGUCUUUCCGAGCCCAUCAUGGACUGACAAAAACUGAUCUUCAGGAAGCGGAAGUCAGAGAAGGGAAAGAGGAUCGGUCCAUUUGAAAAGAAAGUAUAUGUAUGCACGGAUGUCACUUUUAAGGCCAUAAUGCAUUGAUAACAAGCUAAAAGCACAAUUAAAAUCUCACAUGCUAAAGACAACUUGAAUGAACUGCUAGGGCAGUGGUAUGUGCCUUUCAACUUGAUCAUUUGGGGACAUUUUCAUAUUGGGAAGAUUAGUUCUAAGUGUCUUCAUAUUCUAUAAUUAUAGAACCAUUUGCCAAAAAAUGUUUCUUCUUGUUACAAAAAUAAGCAAUUUGCUGUAUGGAUACUGACUUUAUUAUAUUUUUCUGUUUAGUAGCACUUUCUCUGCAAUGUUACAGUCAGUUAGACAUUGAAUUUGGACUGUGUCUGUGCCAGUGGAAUCAAAUCAAAAGCCACUGGAAGCAUAGGUCUGUUCCACUGGCUCGUCUCAUUUGUAAAGGGUGGGGCCCUGGUUGUGUGGCCAAGUGUUUCUCAGUUUUGGCUAUCUGGACUGUCUGCAGCAUGUCACACGCUGAAGGGGCCAAUCUGUCCGUCACUUCUGAUUUCAUCAUAUUUCUCCCUCCAUCCCUCCCAUUCAUGAGUACAUGGGUUAAAAGAUGGCAAACAAACCAGUGUUCUUCAUACUAAAUAUCCAAAUUGGUUCCAUUGCUAUUUAAAACACUGACUUUAUUUCGAAGUGUGGGGAGACAGUCUCCUGAUAGGUUGCGAGGAAAGGACAGUCUCUCACCUACGAGUAUCCAUAACACCUCUUCCAGAUAACGUCAGCCAGAAUGCAGGAGGGAGGAAACAUGGUCAGUGAAACGGCUGGGAAGAGUUGCCACAUGUAGACUGAUGGAAUAAAGAAGCGUGGUGCAGGGCAAAGCGCUGGGCUGGCUGGCAUCAUUGUGACCUUGAGCAAGUUGCUGAACCUGUCUGGACUCCCAUUUCCUUGUCUGUACAAUGAGAGAGCUGGGCUGGGUGAAUCCAGAGGUCCAUUUCAGCUCUAACAUAAGAUGAGUCUAUAAAAAGCAAGAUUUCCAUUUAUUAGGGGCUAGUGUUGAUAACCAGUCUGUAUAGUUAAGGUGAAAACUUAAGUAUUUUCUUAUAGUCUGUGUCUACACUCAGAAUUACCAGCACAACUGAGAUCAACAUUCAGAUAGUGGACACUCCAAGCCUUUCAGUCAAAAAAAUUGAAAGUCUGGAGUAAUAUAAGUAAGUAUGGUGGACUUGGUUGUGUUGAGUAGCAGAAAACUGCUUCAGUCUGUGACUUUCUUGUACAAGUAGACACAUGGCCAUUACUAUAAAGUUAUCUGGACAGUAGUCAACUCCAUUCAUUUUGGCUAUGUAGACACAACUUAAUAUUUGUAAUUGUGAUAUAUUUGAUAGGUUUUACAUAAAAUAUGGGAACCUUCUUCUGGAUAGUAAUAAUCAGAAAUCAAGCAUACUGAACUCUUAACAUUGUUAUAAAAAGGUUUAUCAUUUUACUUUGUUUCUUCUGCUAUUAAUUUCAUAGACAGGUUUGUUUUCUUUUGUACAACUAGGAAAUAAUGUAUUUUUCAUCAAUUUUGCAUACACUUUAGUUCUUGAUUAUCUGUGCUUAACGGAAGGUGUUCAGGAGGGUAGAGAUCAUAGAAGCUUAUGGGUGAUCUAAUCACCUUUGUCAGAGACAGAGAAGGGCUGUGGUCUCAGUCCGGCUGAGCAGUGUAACUAGGUAGCAAGAAAGAGUUCCUGAUGCAAACAGAUGCAGGAAGUAUAAAUGAGUGAGAGGCACACAUGGAUAAUCAGUCUUUGACUGUGAUGGUAUCGGAGUUGGAUGAGCAAAUACUGCACUUACAAAUGCCACAGACAGAUAAAACAAAAAGGAACAACCAAGAAAAUGUGUGAUUGCAUGCUACUUUAAUGACACACUCUAAUCUUCAUCUGUCUUACAGUGAAAAUCCAUUUGCCUAUAAAUACCUGUAAAUGACUUUUCAAAAAAAUAAAUAAAUAAAUGAUUAUUACUUUGUGACA